GAGACUCCGGUGUACAAUCCGGAUCUCUGCCCCAACAUGAUCGCGGCCCAGGCCAAGCUGGUCUACCACCUGAAUAAGUACUACAACGAGAAAUGCCAGGCCAGGAAGGCGGCCAUCGCCAAAACCAUCCGGGAAGUCUGCAAAGUGGUCUCCGACGUCCUGAAGGAGGUGGAGGUGCAGGAGCCGCGUUUCAUCAGCUCCCUCAACGAGAUGGACAACCGCUACGAGGGCCUGGAGGUCAUCUCCCCCACCGAGUUCGAGGUGGUGCUCUAUCUGAACCAGAUGGGAGUGUUUAACUUCGUGGAUGACGGCUCCCUGCCCGGCUGCGCGGUGCUGAAGCUGAGCGAUGGGCGCAAGAGGAGCAUGUCCCUCUGGGUGGAAUUCAUCACCGCCUCUGGCUACCUCUCGGCACGCAAAAUCCGUUCGAGGUUUCAGACGCUGGUGGCUCAGGCGGUGGACAAGUGCAGCUACAGGGAUGUAGUGAAGAUGGUGGCCGACACCAGCGAAGUGAAACUGCGGAUCCGGGAUAGGUACGUAGUGCAGAUCACCCCGGCCUUUAAGUGCACCGGGAUCUGGCCGCGCAGUGCUGCCCACUGGCCGCUUCCCCACAUCCCCUGGCCAGGACCCAACCGGGUGGCAGAGGUCAAGGCCGAAGGGUUCAAUUUGCUGUCCAAGGAGUGCCACUCCCUGGCCGGCAAGCAGAGCUCGGCCGAGAGCGACGCUUGGGUGCUGCAGUUCGCAGAGGCCGAGAACAGACUGCAAAUGGGGGGCUGCAGGAAGAAAUGCCUCUCUAUCCUGAAAACCCUGCGCGACCGCCACCUGGAGCUGCCGGGCCAGCCCCUCAACAACUACCACAUGAAGACCCUGGUGUCCUACGAGUGUGAGAAGCAUCCCCGAGAGUCGGACUGGGACGAAUCUUGCCUGGGCGACCGGCUGAACGGAAUUCUGCUGCAGCUCAUCUCGUGCCUGCAGUGCCGGCGGUGUCCCCACUACUUCUUACCCAACUUAGAUCUGUUUCAAGGCAAACCCCACUCCGCCCUGGAAAACGCUGCUAAACAAACGUGGCGACUGGCAAGAGAGAUCCUGACCAACCCAAAAAGUUUGGAGAAACUUUAGAGGAUGAUCUAAUCCUGGGCCAGCACGAUCACUCUUCUCAAAGUCCCUACGAAAUGGAAACUUCCUGGUUGAUUACUGCGUGCCAUUUCUCCAGACAGUGCAAACCUCUUCCUUUAUAAAAGGAGUGACAACACAUUCAACCAUCAUCUCACACCCCUGAAAAAGGAGUGAAAGAAAGAGGGAAGGACGACGGGGAAACCUACACCCACAAGCAUCUCCCAGCUUCCCUGAAAAGUGCACAACACCCCAAACCAGCUGGGCUGCAAUGCAAUACGGCAGCCAACUCCGGCAAAGGAUUAUAGUAAUCUUGAGACUUGGGUGCGUCUGCCUUCCAGUAAACGGGACCUGGAUGUGCCAUCGGAUGGAGAGUGUAAUGUAUAUUUUGAUUUGUAACAAAAGUUGUGAUCUCAUGUUGUCUUUGAAAGUGUGGAUGUUGGUGUUUUGUGAUUUGGUGAACAGAACUGAAAUUGCCAUUCUGGAAACUUCCAGACAUUUUCCACGAACAGAGAUGCAUUUAAAGGUAGAUUUACUUCUGGUACUUUACCUGUCUGUGAAGUGUCUGAACUUAAAAAAAAAAAAAA